GAAAGACGGAAGAAAUAAGCGUCACCAAAACUGUCCAUACCCCCCCUCUCUCUCUCUCUCUCUCUCUCUCUCUCUCGCCAUGAGUCUCUUCGGUUUGGGCAGAAACCAAAGAACAUUUCGACCCAAAAAGAGUGCACCGUCUGGCAGUAAGGGAGCUCAGCUUAGGAAGCACAUUGAUGCUACCUUGGGUAGUGGAAAUCUUAGGGAAGCGGUAAAACUCCCCACCGGGGAGGACUUAAAUGAGUGGCUUGCUGUUAACACUGUAGAUUUCUUCAAUCAGGUGAAUUUGCUUUAUGGUACUCUCACAGAAUUCUGUACUCCUGAGAAUUGUCCUACAAUGACUGCUGGCCCCAAGUAUGAGUAUAGAUGGGCUGAUGGUGUACAGAUCAAAAAGCCUAUUGAGGUUUCGGCUCCAAAAUAUGUUGAAUAUUUGAUGGACUGGAUCGAAUCUCAACUUGAUGAUGAAUCCAUUUUCCCUCAGAAACUUGGUGCACCAUUUCCCCUCAACUUCAGAGAAGUUGUGAAGACAAUAUUCAAAAGGCUUUUCCGUGUGUAUGCUCACAUAUAUCACUCUCAUUUUCAGAAGAUAGUGAGUCUGAAGGAGGAGGCUCAUCUAAAUACUUGCUUCAAGCAUUUUAUACUUUUUACCUGUGAAUUCGGGCUGAUAGACAAGAAGGAGCUGGCCCCACUUCAAGAGCUUAUUGAAUCCAUUAUUGUUCCUUACUGAACAGGGUUUGCGCGAUCUUGGAAUGAACUUAUUUCAGGGACGCGUAAUUUAUGUUAAAUAAAUGCUGAUAAUCAGUAUUUAACUUCACAGUGUUUAUUAUGUAGCUUAAUGUUUCAAGUUAAUGUGCAUAUGCUGUGUGGCUUGGAUCUC